UUGUUAUCGUUUCCAUUCGGCACACUUCUCUCGCAUGAAACUUUGGUAAUUGCAAUUCUUUUGGAAUUUGUAGUCUGAAAAGCGGCAAAAAGAUGUCACUGCUAGCACAAAGCGUGCGCCAAGCGUUGCGCCAUACAGCACAGCGUGCCACAUUAAGCGGUGCACUGCGCGCGCUGAGCCUAGGCCCAACAUUGCAGCAGCAAAACAAACCCGCGCCAGCUUCAAUCGAUGUGUCAGCCAUUGCCAAGGAGCAUCAGCGGGAAUGCCAAACAGUAUGCGAGAGAAUCAAUCAGCAGGUGGCCAGAGCGGAGCAGGGCCGGCUAUUUGCCGUAGUCCAUUUGUGUGGCAAGCAAUUUAAGAUAACUGCCGGCGACAUAAUCCUCGUCGAGGGCUACUGGCCGCCCACGAUAGGCGAUGAGAUUAGCCUGGACAAAGUGCUGCUGGCGGGAGCCCGCGAUUUUACGCUUAUUGGCCGACCCAUACUGGAGCCGGGUCUGGUCGCGGUAAAGGCGACGAUUAUCGAGAAGACGCUGACGCACACAAAAACACAUUUCAAAAAGAAGCGCAGGAAACAAUACAUGCGCAUUAACUUCCAGCGCUCGCCCAACACCAUGAUCCGCAUCAACUCCAUUGAGCUGACACGUCCGGUAGAUGGGGACGGCGAGCCGGAUGCGGAGCCAUCGAAGCGGCUGUUCUAGGUAACGGCUUUGCCUUAUUGAAUUAAAUAUAUGUGUUA